AUGUUCAGCAGAACUCCUCUCGUUGGUAAACUUGUGUCAUGCACCAACCAGAUAAGGAUGUCUUUGCGAAAUGUUGGAUAUUUGGGUUGUUUGGCUCCAAAUGAAGGCUCGACUCAGGGAUACAAACGUCUAGGACGUGGACCUUCUUCCAACAAAGGUAAAACAUCAGGACGAGGUCAAAAAGGUCAGAAAGCAAGAGGGAAAGUUCCAAUAUGGAUGGAAGGUGGUCAAACUCCAUAUUUCAAGCAAAUGCCAAUGGUGGGUUUCAGAAAUGCACACAAUGCCAAAGCAUACCACGAGGUCAACUUGAGCAAGAUCCAAGAUUUCUGGAACACUGGCAGGAUACCAUUGAAGGAUGGUGAUACGCUUACAAUCAAGAUAAUGAAAGAAUGUGGUAUCAUAACGGGAAGCUUGAAAGAUGGUGUCAAAAUCUUGGGUAAAAGCACAACUGAUUAUAGCGUGCCACUAAAUAUCGAAGCCUCAAAAGCAACUGACCAGGCAAUAGAGAAAAUUGAGAGUGCAAAUAUGUCAUUCACCGCUAGAUAUUUUUCAAGAUUGGGGUUGAGAGCCUUUGUCAAUCCAAAUUAUUUCUUAUUGAGAAAAGGUUAUGUUCCUUUACAAGCAAGACCAACUAGUCAGAAGGAUAUUCAGUAUUAUUCGAACCCAGAUAAGAGGGGCUAUUUGCACAAGGAUCGUUCGAUACUCUUAGACCACUUGGAUAAAGCUCGUGACGAAUUGAAAACCGCAAAGCCAAAAAAGAAAUUGUCCAAGUUCAAAUCCUUGCUGGAACAGCUUAAGGAGGCAUCAUCGGUGGGUUUCCAGUCCACAAGCAAACUUGUCAGUGUCAAGGACUUGGCUUGA